GGAAGGUCGCAAUCACAAGUUUGUACAAAACCCAGGGAGCAUCCUCUGCAGCUAUCUCUCCUGUAUAGAUCACCUCUCUCAGACUGGCAACACACACAGGAAACGGCAAGUACAGCUUUAGCGCACAAUUGACACAUAUUUAAGCCAAUAGAAAGCCUCCCUCUCCCCGACUAGCCAAUUGGCGACUCAGUUGUAAAAGAAAGGCGGGACCGCAAUUCCCUAGCAACGCUUGGCUCUAUGGUGGUGGCGGUUGUUUCAACAUGGCGGCGGCAGCAGCAAAAAGAAGUGGACACUGUGGGAUAUUUUGGAUGAAUGGCGUGUCAGAUGAGGAACAGCCCUUGGUGUUUGUUCCCGGGGUGGAAGGUGAUGUGACGACUCAGACUCCUUUUAAUUUGGCACCAGGCAGCACCAGUACAUCCAGUAAAAGAGGUACCAAGGUGCGAACCAGAAGUAGCUCUGACUGCAAUGAGACCACACUAAAGAAAGGUGGCAAGAAACACGGCCACUUACGAAGUGAGUGCUCUGGGAUUUAUACCAAGGAAAAAGUGUCAGUCCAUCACAGUGCUACAGAGCACACCCUCUCUCCACCGUCUGAUACUUUUCACCCCUCAAUACAGGUAAUCUCUGAGACUAGCAGAGCUAAGAGCCAGGUCUGUUUGAAGGAUCUCUGUCCUGAAGAUAAGCGCCGGAUUGCAAACCUCAUCGAAGAACUAGCCAGAGUGAAUGAGGAGAAAGAGGAGUCAGUGCAACGCCUCAAAGAUGAACAGGAAAAUUUUGAGUGCAAGAUCCAGCAGCUGGAGGAACAGAACCUGAUCAUAGCACAGGAAAGAGAGAGCCUGCAGCAGCAGUACAGAGAGUGCCAGGAGCUGCUUGGGCUCUACCAACAAUACCUUUCUCAGCAGCAGGCAAAACUUAACCAGUCCAUUGCUCAGCUCAGCCAGGCACCAGCCCACAGCAAGGUGCUCAGUAGUGAGGAAGCCCCCAGCAGAACCUCUACUAGCAGAGCUAAUGGCUCACUCUAUGAUGGCUCGUACCUCUGCCUUGCUGCUACUCGAGCAGGGCAGCCUCAAGUGCACAGGAGUGGUGUUGGAGAAAGAGGAGCAGUACAAACCUGUAGAAACCCCGCCUCUUCUUCCUGUGAUGCUGAAUUCAGUCCAGUUAAUGGGCUGAUCAAACAGCAGAAGAAUCAGAAAAGUGAGUGCAGGGAGCAGCUCUCAGAGUCCUCCCACAGAUGUGAGCACUGUGGUAAAGACACUGGCUAUGGAACACAGCAAUGGAGAAGUGAUAAUGGCUCACGUCUUGAGACCUUUAACCAACAUGAGCUCGAAAGGCUCCACAGUGGGAAUGCCGUUGGCUCAGAGGCCAAGGAAGCCCUGACCAGGCCUCUGCUGGGUCACGAGGACUGGGAGGAGAAGAGGCACCAGCUACUGCUGCAGAAGAUGCAGUUGGAGAUGGAGAGAGAGAGGCUGCAGGCACGGCUGGCUGAGCAGGAGGAGAGGCUCAACAGACAGAAUCAGCAGUUACGACAGUCGCGUCUGGAUUACAGCAGGUUUCAACAAGCUACUCAAUCUGAUCUCAGCAGCUCAAACACUAGAAAAGGAGAUCGACAGCCUGAGGGUCCCUCCCACCAAGAUUUAUUCUCCAGUGUAUGUGAAGAAGCAGAAGUUCUUCCUGCAGGACAAAGCAUGCAUGAAAAACGCUCACAAACCAUACCUGCUCUUCUGAACAACGGCAAUGAGGCCUUAGAGGGGUCCAGAAAGGACAUGGCCACAUCUCCUGCUAAGUCUGCUGCAAGCCUGAGUAGGCCCACCUCAGUGUCUGUGAUGCAAAAGACCCCUGAGGCCAGGUUGGACUUUUCUGUGGUUGAAUUAUUGGAUAUCUUUACUCCUGUCUCUGCACCUGAGCUAAGCAAGCCGUUUGCUCGAAGACCCAAAACGUCCCAAUGUAGGUCUGCUCUCGCUGGCCCCAAACCAGUGGGCAGAUCCCUGCCUACCCCUGCUAGGCCUUGUCCUCAGUAUACCCAGCAGGACCUGGAAGAAAGCCAAAUACUGGAGGAUAUUUUCUUCAUUUGCUGACAAGGAAGAAAAUGGGGAGUGAAAAACAAAAAUGAGUCACUUGAUAUUCACCUGUUUGGUCUUGACCUUUUUAAUGUCUUACAUUUAAUUGACAUUCUAAAUCUGAGUUAUCAUGAUGUUGUACUGUGGUUUUACUACAAAUAAACAUAUUUAUUUAGAAUUGGU